ACUGAGUGUCAACCCAAGUACCUAUUGAACGUCAUCACCGCUACAUUAGGAGAGAACAUAUGAAAAGUUCAACAGAUUUAAAGGCGGGUCUUGAAUAUUGUAAUAUUUUAGUCCAAGGUCUGGCGAUAUAUCAUGCUAGUAUUCCAGGACUCUCCUAAGAUAAAUAGACGGGCCCUGCAAAGUCCUGUCAUCCUCAAAGGCUACACAACAUCCGAUGCCCCGCGAUGGAGUCAGCUUCAUACACAUUUCUUAUUGACUCGUAGAAGCGAUACUUAACUCACCCCUCCAUCAACCUUAUCGUUUCAAUUCAAUUCAUUUUAAGGUUCCUUCUUUUCUUCCUUCCAUGUUUACAGGAAGAUGGCUACCCGUUUGAUCGUCGGCGUCGUUUCGCUGCUCGUCCUGUUAGCAGCUGUUGGGCUGCGUAUCAGUGAUCUUGGAGAUAGCCAAUGUCGAGUAAUCCCAGGUGAUACCACAUGGCCCAGCGAAGAUGAUUGGAAUCUCCUGAACCAAACAGUGGGUGGAAAACUCAUCGCAACCGUCCCCAUCGCAUCGCCAUGCCACCGCUCCUCGGAGGGCAACGCAGAUUCAUUCGACCAAAGCAAGUGUGAUGCACUUCGAGACGAAUGGUUCUUCCCCAAGACCCACUUAGAGUCACCUUCAUCACCUAUGGCCUACCAAGCCACGAACAACAGCUGUAAUCCUUUUACCGACUCGGAUGUUCCAUGCACUUUAGGGUAUCACGUCGCGUAUACCAUCAAUGCGACGGUUCCUUCUGACUUUCAGGCCGCUCUUAAGUUCGUCAAGCAACACAAUGUUCGCUUAGUCAUCCGUAAUACAGGACACGAUUACUUAGGAAAAUCCACCGGAGCACAUGCUCUCGCAGUAUGGACCCACCACAUUAAAUCAUUGGAGCAUGUCCCGAAGUAUCAACAUGAGCACACAGACUACCAAGGUCCUGCCAUCAAGAUGGGCGCUGGUGUUGAGCUUCUAGAAGCUUACAACUUUGCCCAUUCUCAUGGACUCAUGGUGGUCGGCGGAAACUGUCCCAAUGUUGGUGCGGCUGGAGGAUAUCUACAGGGUGGAGGAAUUAGUAUCCUGUCCUCUAAAUUUGGGCUUGCUGCUGACCAGGUACUCUCUUGGGAGGUGGUGACUGCAUCAGGCGACCUUGUGACAGCCAGCACCAGCGAGAAUAAGGAUUUGUACUGGGCUUUACGAGGAGGCGGUGGCGGUACUUAUGGUAUAGUAGUGUCGGUAACCGUCAAGGCAUUCCCGGACACCACUUUCUCCACGGCUUAUAUGACCGUCAUCAACGACGGUACGAACACAGACGGCGUAUACACGGCUCUUGGAACGUUCCUUCAAUCUUUGCCUGGCCUUGUGGACGCUGGCGCGUGGGUAGUCUGGGUUGCCGCACCCUUUGGGUGGUUGGUUAUGCCAGCAAUGGCCGCGGACUUACAAGCCAAGGAUCUAGACGUGCAUCUCCAACCCACGAAGGACAAAUUGGACCAACUUGGGAUCCAAUAUCAGUAUACCUCUACGGAUCACCCUAAUUUCCUCGCAGGUUACGGCUCUAUGACCUCAACAUGGAACGUCUCCGACCACAACCUCGGCGGUCGAUUGAUUCCCCGCGACUUAGUGCGAGACCAGGAAAGCACCGAUGCUCUGGUGAAGGCUAUCCGCGUUAUCAGCUCCCAAGCUCUCAUAUCUGGCGUUGGCAUCAAUGUGGCCAAUGCCAUCUCAUCUCCCGACGAAGUUUCCGCCAACCCAUACUUCCGAAAGACCUUGUUUAGUGCCGUCCUAGGUACCCCGGUAAACUACACCGACUUCGCGGCCAAUAAAAUACAACAAGAUCGUGUCACGAACGACUUGCUUCCCGAAUUAGAAGCACUCACGCCGAAUGGAGGAGUUUAUCUGAAUGAGGCAGAUGUACAGGCUCGCAACUUCAAGACCACUUUUUACGGUGGUUACUAUGAGAGGUUAUUGGCCAUCAAGGACAAGUACGACCCUGAAGACACCUUCUACGGCGGUAAGACUGCUGUGGGAAGUGAUCGGUGGGAGGAGAGGAUCGAUGGGAGGCUGUGCAAGGAGCAUGCAUACCCUAUGCUUGCGAAGUUGAAGACCCUCAUCGACAGUCUAUUCUAACAAGAGCCCCUGGCAAAACAGUCACCAUGUAUUCCAGUGUAACAGUUCUAU